AUGCGGCUCCUCUUCCCCGCCCUCAUCGCCCUCCUCACCCUCACCCCGUCGGGCCUCUGCGGAAAGAAACCCGAAAAGAAACCUUCAGACGCCAUUCUCCUCUCGGAAGUCAGCACCCUCACGCUGCGCGCCAAAGGAAAGACAGCCCACCGCCGCCUUCCUGCCAUCCCGCAACUGAUUUGCUCCGGGCCCUGGUGCAAUCGCUACAGCAUCGAUCGCAUGCGCUGCAUCAACCAAGGCAGCUCUUACAACAAGGAAGACGUAGAAUGGAGCUGCACGGCCGAGACUUCGGACGACUUCAAGCUGGGAAGCACGGAGGUGACGUGUGAGGGCUACGAUAGCAGGGAGGAUCCGUAUGUGUUGAAGGGGAGCUGUGCGGUAGAAUACCGGUUGGUUUUGACAGACAAGGGGCAGGAGAAGUAUGGCAAGCAGAGGUUCUUGGGAGGGGCGCUGGGAAAUGAUACGGAGGCUAGCACGAUUUGGAAGGUUUUGUUUGGGUUGAUAUUCGUUGGUGUAUUGGUGUUGAUCUUGUUCAAGGCUGGACAGGCACUUCCAGCGGCUGGACGUCCCCGACAAUAUGGAGCGGGAGGUGGAUAUGGAGGAGGUGGAUGGGGCGGAGGGGGUGGUGGUAAUCCAUACGACCCUCCUCCCCCCUAUCCUGGCAAGCGAUAUUCGAGCCAGCAAGAGAGUUGGAGACCUGGUUUCUGGUCUGGUGCAGCAGCAGGGGCAGCAGGAGGAUAUUUGGCUGGGAACAGAGCAAACGGACAACAGGCGCCGCAGAACAACACUUCAUGGCUUGGUGGCAACCAUGGGGGCAGCAGCUUUGGGAGCCCUUCCCGAAGCAGCUCAGGUUCGAGCUCAUCCGUGAGACACGAAAGCACUGGCUUCGGUUCGACUUCACGGCGAUAG